AUGGCGUCUGCAUUCGCCGCCAAGAAACACCGCAUUCUGCAGCAGCUCGCGCAGCCUGCAGCCGAAUACAGCGACGCGUCGCCCAAGGGCUCCAUCGACGAGGGCAUUCGCACCCUCAUCGACGAGAUAAAUGCCAUUGAAGGGCUGGUGACGACGUCAAGCUGCGCUGGGCGCAUCAGCGCUUUCCUCGAGGGCAGGAAGCGGGCGGCUGCCAGCGAGCCGCGCGAAGCGCCCGCGGAGACGAGCAUCGCCGGCGCAGGAGGAAAAGGCGGUGGACAGUGGCUGUUCGUGUCUCAUGAGCCGGUUCCAAUGCCCGCAGCAGAUGCAGCUCGAGCGGGCCAGCACUUCACGGCCCUGUUCGGCCUCGACGCUGCCGGCGGCCUCGCACGCGCUGAGCACCACGCGGGCCAGCGACACGUUCAUCUCAAGUUCGAGGCCAUGAUAUUGCACCUGCUGACCGCUUCGCUCGCGGAUGCCCAAAGAGUCCUGUCGGCCGCGCUGCAAGCAGGCUUCAGGGAGAGUGGCGCGGUCGGCUUGCAUCCCAACACUGACGGCUCCAUCACCCCAAUGGUUGCCGUCCGCUCCAUCGGCCUCACCUUCGACUCCGUCAUCGCCUGCGAGGGCACCGACGGUCGCAUGGUGCCCGUCGUCGAUGAGCAGUAUCUGCAAUCGCUAGUUGAGCUGGCUAACGACCGCUUCUCGGUCAACACUGAGCGCAUUGAGAGGUUCCGCGCCCAUCUGCUCGCUCAGUUCCGGAAGCCCGGCGAACUAGCGACGCUGCCGAAGGGCAAGAAGGGCCACCCCGGCUGGGAGGAUGCUGCAGCUAGACGCGAGCGAAAGCGGGCCGAGGGGCUCGAGAACCAGCGGCAGAAGAACUCCACGCAGAGCGACUCAACCGCCCCAACACACGGCGACAUUGCUCUCGACAGCAUUUUUGACUGA